ACUAUUUGAGACCAAAAUGACCAAAAUCGGUACCCUAAAAUUAAACAGCAGGAAAACCAUACCCCUCAUUGGGGCCGCAUUCGCGCAUACCCCAUAUGUUAAAGGGAGCACCACCCCAUCCCCCUACCCCCGCUUGAGCUGUAUAGACAGGAAGAUCUCCUUUAUUAUACGGCCACCCCUCUAGUACAGCUAACGAGUCUAACGGGGGUUACGGGGGUUAUGUUCCACUAGCACUGUAUCACGGUUAAAAAUACCCAAAUCGACUGUUCAGCCAGGCCGGAAAACUAUGCGGAAAAAGCUACGCAUCUUUUGCAUGCCUAGCUUGCAGGCCCAUGAUACCCUGCGGUCGACACCCUGUAAUGGCGGAUAUGUUAGUGACGUUGGUAAGUGCUGUACACAGACCGACUCGUUUACCUUUCUUGUCGUAAUCUGAAGUAACUAUAUAGACUCCGAGGUGCUUAAGUGGUCUGUUCCAUCAAAUGGAAACGUAUCAAGGUUGUACGCCAGGCUUUCCGCCUCUCCCUCAAGGUUGGGAGAUGAAAGUAGACCCAGGUUCUGGUAGGCCGUUCUUUAUCGAUCACAAAACAAGAACGACUUCUUGGGAAGAUCCGAGGACGCAGAAGCUUUAUUCGGUUUUUCAAGGAAACACACAAAAUCACACUGCUGGCAUGGCACUAGUACCACCCUGGAAUGAAAGUAAACUGGCUGUCAUCAACUCACCAGGGCCCUCACAGCUUCACAGUAGUUUUGAAUUAGAUGGCACCUCAAAUCCAAAAAUCUUCAGUCCUGGGUACCAAGGUCCACACCAUGUUCCCUUGUUCCAAGCGAUGAUCACUCCCCAGUUUUCAUCUAAUCCAAGGUGGCCAGCCAGCAGUGUGGGUGUUAGGCAGUCAGAACAAUCUCAUGAAACCCAAAACACACCCAUUCCAUCACAACAGCAAGUGAUAAAUUCUCCGAGAUCUGAACAGGAGAGAAAAUGGCAUAGUCCUGAACUGUCCUCAUUCAAAUCUGUGACCACUGGAAACAAGCAGUUCCCCCUUAAGGACGCAACUAUGAUGUUACCAAGUUAUAGUUCACCACAGGCCAUGCCUAUGAACCCAGGUCUGACCUGUGGGCAGCAGGGUAGUCUGAUUGCACCAUUAAGAUCUCUUAGCUUAAAGGCACCUGGUGGACAUGUGGAAAAUCAGAGUUCAGCCCAAGCAUUCCAGAUGCCAUCGGCAAAUGCCAAUCAACAAUAUCAGACUCCAGCACCAAUUCCAGGUCAACCUUUCCCAAUGCCUCCACCUAAUCCAGGACAAGCGUACCCAAUGCCAAAUCUUGGUGCAACUUACUCAAUGCCUAGUGGCCAGUUGAACCAAGUCCCACCUGGUCAGUCAAACCAAAUGGCUCCUGGGAGACAGCUUAAUUCAGCUCUGAACUCUAACCCUGGCCAACCUUAUGAGGUGCAACCCAUGAUUCCAGCUCAAUCAUUGCAGACUUCAGGGUCAUCAUCUGGCCAACCAUAUCAGAAUGCAAUGCCAACCCCUAACCAAGGCUACCAAAUCCUGCCCCAAAACACAAGCCAGGCAUAUCAGGUGCCACCGACAAAUCCAGCCUCAGUUGGAUCUUACCAAGGUAUGAUGCCAAAGCCUGUCAGUGGUCUUCACCAAUCACCAGCAUCAGGUCAACCUUAUCAAGUACCAGUUUCACAUCCAGGCCAGCCAUACCAAACCCUGUCAUCAAACCCUGAGCAGGGUUAUCAACUACCAUCUUCAAAACCUGGCCAAUUACACCCGGACACUAAAUCACUUCCUGGCCAGCCUAUGCGUGUGCCACCGCAACAUGCAAGUCAGGUAUACCCGACUCCAGCCUCAGCUGCUGGUCAACCCUACCAGGUGCCUACUCAGAUGCCGGCACAUCAGGCAUAUCAAGCACCACCUCAGAGUCCCAACCUGGGUCCACCGCAGCCUCCUACUGGUCAGUCAUAUUACCAACCACCAGGCCAAGCAGGUUAUCAGUCAUAUCAGAACCCAGGACAGCCUCCUGAUAUUCAAAACAAAAUGCCGAUGCCGGCUUCAGUUGGUGCAACUGCUUCACAACAGCAGCAUGGAAUACCACCUUCUCCUGUGCCACAGCCACUUGGGGUCCCACCCCCUAAUCAAUAUCCAUACCAACCUAGCUAUUACACUCCACCUCAAGCACAGCAUAUGCCAGGAAGCAGGGCAGUGAAACCAGAAAACCAAGGGACUGUGCCAUAUCCUGUUGCUGGACACCCUUUACAGACAUUUUCAGCUAACAUGGCGCAAGGGCAUAAUCAACAAACAACAGAGAUAAGAGCACCUUCUUACACUCCACCCACUCCACCACAGGCAACCCAUUGGACACCCCCAUUUGCCAGCCCGGUGCCAUCGUCAGUUUCAGGUCACAUGACUAGUCCAUACCAGGGUACUCAACCAGUGUCAUAUGGAUCUGAACAAUCAAUGAGUCGACAGCCACAACCCCAGAACCCACCCUCUGGUCACCAUGCUGGCUCAUAUCCAAGUAGUGCAGGAUACACAAUUCCAGGACAACAGCCAGCAAUGCAACACAGACAACCUUAUGUUCAGCCCCCUUCACAAGCUUAUGGACACAAUUACAACCAGCCAGGUCCAGCUGAUCCUAGAAGUCAAUAUGUAGCUCGUAGAUCGCCUUCCUCAGAUGCGAAAAUUAAUUCUAUUGAUAUGCUGCUUUGUCGUGCUGAGGAAUUGGAACCAAAGGUCUUGGCAUUUUCUGGAAGAAGAGGUGACAGAGAAUUUACAUUUUUAGAUGAGCAGCUGACCAAAUUAAUUUUGGAUCUUGAUAAAGUACAGACUGAUGGAUUAGAAGACGUACGAGUGGCUCGAAAGUCUGCUGUCCAAAGAAUACAGUUCUUAAUCAAUAUUUUAGAGUCCAAAGGCUGAGUCUGACAUAAUAAGGAAUCAACUGACUCUGAUAUCUUCUGUCCAAAACUUAAACUCUUAGAACAAAAUCUUAGAUGUAUAUGUACAUGUAGCUAAAUAUUGAUCUAGUAUGUCAUUUCUUAAGUUACUUUAUGGCAUGAAUAUUCAGGUUUUAAGUGCUAUGUUUGUAAAAAUUAUAAAACCAAAGGCACAUAGCAAUUUAAAUGUUCCUCAGUGAUAAAAUAUUAUUUUGGCUUCAGCAUAGUUCAGUUAAUUUGUGCUUUCCAGUACAUUCACAGAGCCAGAAUGGUCAGCAGCAGUAAUUCUCAGGGGAAUCUCCCUCAGGAAUUGUUUUCCAAGAGAUUCCACCAAAUGGGAAUCCAGUUAAGACCAAAGGGAAAAAUUAUUAAUAAUACAGUAAUAAAUUAUAGUUUAGAGAAACGAAUGGCAAGAAUUUUGUAUUUACAAACUGAUGUACAUUAGUAGGAUGUUAUUUUUCUAUUAGUGUUUAUAACUGGACAAACAGGAGAACAAUUAUAAUUAUUAAUAAGUUUAGGUCAGCAUAAAACUUCUCUUUUCUGUUUUUCACACUUAAUUUUAUAAUUUUCUGUGGUACUGUAGCAUUAAAGUUUUUGUAAAGGCUGUUUAGGAGAUCUUUACAGGUUCUUUUGUUUUUGUUCUCUCUUCAGUUCAUUUUAUGAAAAAUCAAGCUAGAAUCUUUGCUCCAAGUUUCUAUUAUACUCUUAUGAUAUACCGCUAUAUCCUUCUCUAUCUUUUGACUAACACUUUUCUGGUUUAAUAGUCAAAUAAAGAGAUACUCGGUUGCAAUUUA